GGUUGCAGCACAGUCACCUUUGCAGUUAAGCCAAGGGCUCCCAGUUGAAAAUACGAAAUCUGUUUUGUCUGUUGAAGGAUCACAAUUUCACAGCAUGAAAUCUGUGAAAUUGACCUCAGAAAUACAAUUUCAAGGUGUGAAAUCUGAGGAACUGAAACUAGGACCAAGACAGCAAGAUGUGAAAUUUUCUGAAUUGACUUCAGGGCCAAAGCUUCAAGGUGUCACAUUUGGGGAGCAAACCCCAGUACCACUGUUUCAUCAUGUGAAUUCUGUGAUGACUCCAGAGUUAGGGCUUCAAGAUUCUAAAUUAGUGAAGAUGUCUCCAGAGCUUCAAGAUAAGAAACAGAUUGGGCUUAACCCAGGGCCAUGGCUACAUGAUGUCAAAUUUUGUGAUCUGACAUCAGGAACCCAAUCUCAAGGUGUGAAAUCUUCAGAGUUAAAAUCAGGGCCACAAAAACAAUAUAUGAAAAUUUUUGAGUUCACUCCAGAGCCAAAGAAGCAAGGAGGAAGAUCUACGGAGUUGACCCCAGGACCUGAGCAGCAAGGGGUUAAACCUGAGAUGUCAGUACCAGAGCCACUGUUUCAAGGUGUAAAAUGUGUAGAGGUUGGUCAAAUGUUAAGCGUUAACAGUGACAUUUCACAUAAAUUAGUGUUAGAGCCACAGAUUGCAGAUGUGAAGUCUAUGGAGUCGACUCCUGAGCAACAGUUGCCAAGUGUCAACUUUUCUGAGUUGACCAGAAGACCACAGUUACAAGGUAUGAAAUCUGAAUUGAUCCAAGGACCACAGUUAAAAGAUGUAAAACCUGUGGAGUGGACCCCAAUCUCAAGGUUUCAAGAUUUAAAAUCUGAGACACUAAUCCCAGAGCCACAGCUAGAAGACAUGAAAUCUGUGGAUUUAACCCCAUGGUCACAUUUGGGAGGUAUGAAACCUGAAGAAUUUACUUUAGAGCCACAAAUGCAAGACAUGAAAUUUGUGGAGAUUACCCCAUGUUUCAAACUUGAAAGUUUAGACUCAUUAGAGGAGACUCCAGAUCCAUUGCAAUGUGUAAAAUCUGUGAAGUUGACUCCAAGGCCAAAGAAGCAGAUAGUAAAACCCACAAAUGUAACCAGAAUGCGAAAAUUUCAUGGAGUAAAAUCUGUGGAUUUAGCUCCAAGGCAACAGUUUCAAGGGAUGGCACUUUUGAAUUUAACUCCUAAGAAGUUAAAACUUGAAGCACAGCUGCAAAGCAUAAAAUCUCCCAAGUUGACCCCAGGGCCACAGUUACACCAAGUGAAACCCUUGGUGUCAACUUUAGAACCACAGAUUCAAGGGGUGGAAACUGUUGAUCUAAAACAAGAGACACCACUUGGAAGUAUGAGACGUAUUCAGUGGACACCAGAACCUGAGUUCCAAGGUGUGAAAUCUAUAGGGUUAAAUCUUGGUUCACAAUCUCAAGGUGUCAAAUCAGCAAAGUUGAAGUCAUUGAUACAGUCAAGAAAUGUGAAAUCAUCUAAAUUGAUUCGAGGACCAAAAACUCAAGGUGCAACACAUAUGGAGUUCAACUGUGGGCCACAGUUGCAGAGUGUGAAAACCCCUGAGUCACCCCCAGAACAACUGCAGAAAGGGACAUUUUUGGCCUCAACAUCAGAGCCACAGCUUCAAGGCAUAAAAAGUGUGGAGUUAAACCAACAGCCACAGCUUGGAAGUAUGAAAUCAGUUCAGUGGAUACCUGCAUUAGAGUUUCAAUGUAUGAAAUCUCUGUUAAAUCUUGGGUUACAAUCUCAAUGUGUCAAACCAGCAGAGUUGAAACCUUUGACAAAGUCAGGAGAUACAACAUCAUCUAAGUUGACUCCAAAGCCAGAACUCCAAGGUAUACAAUCUUUGGCGUCAUUCCAGGAACAUCAGCCUGAAGGUUUUGAUUUGAAACGUCUGCAGUUUAGAAGUAUGAAAUCAUGUGACCUGACUUCGAGGUCAAAGCCCUGUGAUAUAAAAUCUAUGAUGUCCAAAUCUAGUCUUCACUUGCAUGAUGGGAAAUCUCCUAAAUUGACCUCAGGACUGCGGCUUCAAGAAGCGAAACCCUUACAGUCAUCCCCAGGAACACAGCUUCAAGGGGUAAAGUCUCCAGUGCUUACACAAGAACCACAACUUCUAGGUGUAAAAUCUGGGGUAUUAAGUCAAUUUCAGAGUGAUAAAAUGAUGCAGUCGAGCUCCCCACUACACUUGAAAAGUAUGAACUCAUCUAAGUUGGCUCUUCAGAAAAAGCUUCAAGAUGUGAAAUCGGAGGAUUUCAACUUUCGGUCACAAUGGCAAGAUCUAAAAUCUUCUAAGUUGCCUCUUGGUAUAAAGUCCCAAGAUACGAAGUUUACUGAGUUAAAUCCCAGCUCACAGAUGCAAGAUACAACAUUGUCUAAAUCGAAUAUAGAGACAAAGAUUCAAAGUUUCAAAUUUAAAUAUUUCAACCCCAAAUCAUUGGUACAAGUUAUGAAAUCUUCUCAAAGGACUUCAAAGACAAAGCUUCAAGAUACAAAAGACAAAAAAAUCAGCAUUGUCCCCCAGUUGCAAUCUUCUGAGCCAAUACUGGGGACAAAGCUUGAAAAAGUGAAAUCAGAAGAAUUCAAGUCAGGUCCACAGUUGCAAGAUAUAAAAUCUUCUAGGAUGGUCGUGGGUAUAGAGCUUCAAGAUGUAAAAUCUAUGAAUUUCGGGUCUGGAUCACACUUGCAGGGUAUGAAAUCUUUUGAAGUGAUCCCAAAGGAAAAGCUUCAAGGUGUGGAAUCUGUAGAAUUAAAACCUAGUCCAAAGUUACAAGAUGAGAAAUCAGAUUUGACCCUGGGGAGGAAGUUUCCAGGUGCAAAAUCUGUAGAGUUGGAUUCAGGUCCAAAAUUACAAGACAUAAAAUGUUCUGACUUGAUCAUAGGUAUAAAGCUUCAAGAUUUAAAAUCGGUGGGGUUCAACUCUAGAUCACACUUUAAAGGUAUGAAAUCUUCUGAAGUGAUCCCAGAGACAAAAUUUCAAGAAGUGAAAUCGUUUUUCAACUCUGAGCCACAGACACAAAGUGAAAAAUCUCAGUCAAUUCAAGCAACAAAGCUUCAAGCUGUGAACUCCUUAAGGUCCAACCAUGGUCCAAAAUUACAAGGUGGAAAAUCUGAUUUAACCCAGAAGAGGAAGCUUCAAGAUGUGAAAUCUGUUGAGUUAAAGCCUGAUGCACAUUUACAAGUUGUGACAUCUGAGUUAACACCAGAGACAAAGCUUCAAAGUGAAGAAUCUGUGGAGUUCAUCACUGGGCCAAUGUGUCAAGAUACGGAAUCUUUUGAAUCAACUCUAGGUACAAAGGAACAAGAUGUUAAAUCUUUGGGGUUUAACUCAGCCCCACAAGAUAGGAAAUUGUCUAUGUUGACACAAGGCACACACCUACCAGGUGUGAAAUCUGUGGAAUUCAACUCUGGGACAAAUUUGCAAGGUGCAGAAUCUUCUGAAUUGGUAAAUCUUCAAAUUAUGACCUCUACAGAGAUAAAAAAUGGCCCCAGCUUUCAGGUUGCAAAACCCUCUGAUUUGGCCUUGGAAUCAAAGGCUCACAGUGUAAUAGCUUCUGAGUUCAAUUCUGGAAAGCAGUGGCAAGGGAUGAAAUCUGAUUUGACCACCAAGACGAAGCUUCCAGAUGAGCCAUUUCUGGAAUUCAAGCAUGAACCUAAAUUGCAAGGUGGGAAAUCCUCUGAACUGAAUCCAGAGCCACAGCUUCAAUGUAUAACUUUUAUGGCAUUCAACACUGGGCCAGAGUUGCAAGGUCUGGAAUCCUCUGAGUUGAAUCCCGGGCCAGAGCUUCAAGGUACAAAAGCUAAUGUGUUCUGCCUUGAACCACAUUUGCAAGGUAUAAAUUCUUCCUCAUUAAUUUCAGAACCAAAACUUCAGUGUAUAAAUUCUACUGGCUGCAACCCUGGACCACAUUUGCAAGGUGUGAACUCUUCUGAAUUUUUACUCUCAGAACUUCAAAGUAUGAAAUCUUCUGAAUUGAAUCCAGGGACAGAGAUUCAAAGUGAGACAUCGAUGGUGUUCAACCCUGGACCACAUUGGCAAGGUCUGAAAUCUAAACUGAUUCUAGACUCAAAGUUUCUAGGUGCAGCACCUAUGGAAUGCAACCCUGGGCCACAGGUGCAGUGUGAAAGUUCUUGUGAAUUGAAUCCUGGGCCAAAAUUACAAUGUGUAAAUUCGACUGGUUGCAUCCCUGAGCCACUCUUGGAAGGUGUAAAACCUUUUGAGUUGACUCCAGGGACAAAAUUUCAGGGUAUAAUGACAACAGAGCUCAACUCUGGCCCAAAGUUGCAAGGUGUGAAUUCUUCUGAAUUGAAUUCAGGGUCAGAACUUCAAUGCAUAAACUCUAUAAAGUUUAAUCCAGGGCCACAAAUACAUGGCAUGAAAUCUUGUGAAUUGAACCCUGGGCCAGAAUCUCAAGGAACAAAGUCUAUUUUGUUUAAUCCUGGACCAUAUUUGCAAUGUGUAAAAUCUUCUCACUUAACUCCUGGGACAAAGUUUCCAGAAGUCCAAGUUUUGGAGAACCCCCUUGGGCCACAGCAACACGUUGGGCACUCUGUUUUGGGUCCUCAAUUAAAUGGUGCAAAAUCUGUGUUAUUUUUACCACAGCCAUUGCUUGAAGAUGUAAAGUCUAUGACGAUGAACAAAGAACCGUUACUUUGUGGUGCAAAUUCUGUAAAAGUGAUUUCAGACUCUGAGCUUCAGGACUUAAAAUAUGAGGUGUCUGCACUAGAGUCAUGCUUUAAAAGAGUGAAAUCUGUGGAGUUAAAUCCAGGAUCAAAUACUGAGUUGAAAUCUGCAGAAUUAACCUCACAGCUAACAUCUUCAUUUGAAGAUCCUACAAUGUUGACUCAUGAACAAGAGCUUCAGGCUGUGAAAUCUAUAGGGAUAAAGAUAAGGCCUCCUCAAGUUAUGGAUUCUGAGGAUUUGAAUCUAAGACAGGUAUAUCAGAAUAGGGAAUCUGAGGAGUUAACAUCAGGAGAAGAGUUACAGACAGGGAAUUAUUUCUCUAGGUUUCUACAUAACUCUUCAAACUCAGUCAUCUCAAGCACUGUCAAAACAACAUCUGAAUUAGGAGGCCUUCGGGAUUCUGAGAUGACCAAAGUAUCAAGAGCCUUGGAUAUAAAAAGCCUUUGUACAGGUAUUUUGCAGCCUGAAGAGACGUUUGCUUCAAACUUUCCCUUGUCCUUUCAUAAUCAACUCUCUGACAAGACAGCUCACACUGUAGAAAACCCCCAUUCUGAGACCCCAGGAGUGAAUGUCAUAUCUAAGGAGAGGAUUCAGAAGGGGCAGGUGGCAGAGUUAGAGAAUUCACUCCAGGGCCUCUUCCAACAUCCACCAAAAAGCUGGAGAUCACUAGCUAGGCCCUUCCAGACAGGAUCAGGGGCUCAAAGAGACCUUACCUGGUCUGUCCUGGGAAGACAACAGAAUGUCUGGGAGAGUCACUCCUGGAAGCAGAAACUACCUAGAAAAUAUCUCUCCAAUAUGCUAAUGCUGGGGAAUGUCUUGGGGACCACUAUGGAAAGGAAGUUUUGUUCUCAAAUGCCUUUAACAGAAGGAGUCACUACAGAUACCCAACCUAUUCAGAAUUUAUUUGGGGUUCCAGCUGAAUUGAUGGAAUUUUCCCAGAGUCUGCUAGAGAUGGGUCAAGGUACUAUUUCUCAGGCUUCAGCGGUCAAAAACUACAUUCAAAGACAUACUUCAUGUCAUGGUCAUGAGAAAAGAAUGGCCUUAAGGAUGUGGACACGUGGUUCUAUGUCCUCCAUAAUACAACAAUACUCUGGAACUAGAGUGAGAAUAAAGAAAACAAAGCUCAGUGAUAUAUCCCAGGAAGUCAUUCAGCACAUGCCUAUUUCAUAUACAGGGGACCAGCUCCUUGACCCAGUAAAGUCAGAGUCUUCCUUCAAUAUAGUUUUCACUAUGAAAGAUCCUGUUCCAGUGAAAGAGAGUGAGAACUCACAGACUGAUUCACAGACAAGGAUUUUUGAGUCCCAAUACCCCCUUAAGUCAAGUUAUCUUUCCCAGGACAACUCUGUUUUCUCAGAACAACUCCAGUUGCUACAAGAUCUGCAGCUAAAAAUAGCAGCAAAACUGUUAAGAAGUCAAAUACCCCACAAUGUGCCUCCACCACUAGCUUCAGGACUGGUCCUGAAAUACCCUAUCUGUUUACAGUGUGGCCGAUGUUCAGGUUUCAAUUGUUGUCAUAAAUUACAGGACACUUUGGGGCCUUACCUUAUUAUCUAUCCACGGCUCUGCUUUGUAAGCAGUCCUGAAGGUCAUGGGGAGAUUAGAUUGCGUCUUGGCUUUAGGUUGCAGUCUGGGAGAAGAUCCCAAGUCCCAAAGUAUCAUAGAAGAGACAGACCCAUUACACCAAGGAGCCUGAUAUCAUCAUCAUUAAGGAAAGCUAAAAUCUGUACUCAAGCUUCCAAGAAUUCUACUUCCACAAUAGAUUUCCCAUUUCAGUCUUCCCAGUCUCCUGCUCCUAUACAAGUCCACAUUAGGCAAAAGCAAUGUGGCAGCCCUGACCUUAUAGGAAAGACAGAUAGUAGAGAACCUGGACACUAUGAAUUCACUGAAGUUCACUCUUUACCAGAGAGUGACUCUAAAAGCAAUCAGGAUGAAGUAUGGGCUGAAAUGAGAAGCCAAAGCACCUGUGAUUCAAAAUAUCCAACGAAAAAAAUCUCCAAGGGAGUUAGAAUAAAAAACAAAAAGUUCUACACAAACAGUAGAACCUUAAAACACAGUCUCUCUAGGGAACUACCAGCCCAGUUAAAAAUGAAAAGGAAAGGAGCACCUCAGACAACUACUGACUCUUUUAAAAGACAGCCUAAGACAUCCUCCCAACCCAAAUUCAUUCAGCUGGUUUUUCAGGGACUAAGGAAGGCAUUCCAAACAGCACACAGAAUUAUGGCGUUUGUUGGGCAGAAAUCUGAGGACAGAGCAAGGGCAGGCCAUUUGUGGUCAAGCAAAAAUUACCAAACAAAACAAAAAGCCAGAGACUACUGCUUACUAAGAGAUAUUGAAAAAGACAGGAUGCCAGUUACGAAGCUAAAGCCAACAGACCCAACCACUGAACAGGAGAGCAUGUUGUGGGAAGGAACAGACCAACUCAGAUCAGCUCAACAACCAAAAACAGAUAGCUCUUUCCAUCUCAGACUUUUCCCACUGCUCCCACGCAGAGUUUCCCAAGGAAGCGCCACUCCCCAAAACACCACAAUCAGACAUCGUUUGGGUACCAUUCAAAAUGGCAGUGGCUGCAGACCUAAGAAAAAUUUCUACCGAAAAGAAAUCUCUAGCCCGGAGUCCAAGAACUUCAAAACAGGACUCAGCGGUCAGGCCCAAGGGAGAAUCCUAUAUGGUUCUGCUAUGAAGAGAACCUCACACAGUCGCCUUAAAGACAAACUCACACGUAAGAAACCAGACCACCACAGCUUCCUUAGGGAAAGAAGCGCUUGCACUUUCUCUGAGAGGAGACGUCCCAGUCCCUCUCCGAGAAAUCAUUGCCGUUUCUCUCGGAGAAGCCUUCGCAGUCCCCCUCAGAGGAGCCGUCUGAGUCCAUCUGAAAGGAGCCAUUGCAGUCCCCCUCAGAGAAGCGAUUGCAGUUCCUCUCAGAAAAGCCAUCACAGUCCAUCUCAGAGAAACCAUUGCAGUCCCUCUCAGAGGGGACAUCGCAGUCCCUCUCAGAGGAGCCGUCGUAGUCUCUCUCAGAGGAGCCGUCAUAGUCUCUCUCAGAGGAGACAUCGAAGUUCUUCUCAGAGGAGACAUCGCAGUCCAUCUCAGAAGAGCCAUCUCGGUCCCUCUGAGAGGAGAUGUCACAGACCCUCCGAGAGAGGCCACCGCCCCUCUAAGAGAAGAGGAGGAUACAGUCUUUCUGAACGCAGGCAACCCAGGCUCUGUGAGAGGAGUCGUGGCAGUCCCUCGAAGAGGAGAGGGCACAGUCACUCUGAGUGGAGCCAACACAGUCCAUCUGAGAGAGAACAUCACAGUUCCCCUAAGGAGAGCCCCCGACAUAGUUUGUAUAAAGAUCUCAAGGCUCACUCAAAUUAUGUCUCCUAAGGACCUUACAAGAAAACCCCAAAGCAGGGCAAGUUUGGAGUCUCGAAGAGAGUAGAUGAGAUUUCCGACCCCAUUAUUCAUUUAUUCCCUCAAGUCCUCACCAAGCUUGCCUCUCCUGGCUUCUUUCCUGCCCAGCUACUGGCUCCAGUUCCAGCACCCUCAGCAAUGAAAAGAGUUUAUGCCUCUCCAUCAGGGGGCUGGGGCAACGGGAGUGGGCCUGCAGUUUCUCUAAGAUUAAUAAAGGGGCAAUAACUGAUUUCCUUGUGCAUGUAGAAAGACCACUCGUCUUACUCGGUGGAGGAUGGAGGGUGGAGGGACACGAAAGGGGAGGGUCCAGGGGCCAGACUAAAGCUCCACCCCCAACUCACAGUCCCCGAGGUCCCACAACCUAAUCCAGAGGGCGGGGUCUCAGAGGAAUUGGAGGGCGAUCCGACCCCUCACGUGACUCACUCCG